UGCCGCAGACCGGCAGAUUAUCCCGGCUCAGUGUGUUCUGCCGACAUUUCUCUGUACGACCCGGUUUCAUUUCGCCUGAACGGACGAGGCUUAUCUCCAACAACCACCGGUACUCCAGAGGUCUUUUUUUUUUAAGUUUUAUUAAUCAGGACUUUAGCGGCUCGGUUCCCGUUUUACUGCGCCGCUCUCCAGUUCCUGAGGAAUGCCCCGGGAACUGACCCAGAACAGGAUCCAAAAGAUCUGGAUUCCCACUAAGGAUGACAAGCCGUCACCAAGAAGAGCGGCAUGCGCUCCCCACUUUUCCAACGCCCCCACCGUCAUCGUGAUGGUGGGUCUUCCAGCUCGCGGCAAGACGUACAUGUCAAAGAAGCUCACCCGCUACCUCAACUGGAUCGGCAUGCCUACCAAAGUGUUCAAUGUUGGAGAGUACCGAAGGGAGGCGGUCAAGAAUUACAGCUCCUAUGAUUUCUUCAAGCCUGAUAACGAGUGUGCCGUGAAAAUUAGGCAGCAGUGUGCCUUAGCUGCCUUGAGGGAUGUCAAGUCCUAUUUGAAGGAUGAGGGAGGCCAAGUUGCGGUCUUUGAUGCCACUAAUACGACGAGAGAUCGACGUGACAUGAUCCUCAAGUUUGGCAGUGAGAAUAGCUUCAAGAUUUUUUUCAUCGAGUCUGUGUGCGAAGAUCCGAGCGUCAUCGCAUCAAACAUCUUGGAAGUAAAGGUGUCCUGUCCCGACUACCGCGACUGCAACAAGACCGACGCCAUGUUGGAUUUCCAGAGGAGGAUUGAAUGCUACAAAACCAGCUACCAGCCUCUGGACCCUGAUCAUUAUGACAGGGACCUCUCCUUCAUCAAGGUGAUAGAUGUAGGGCGACGUUUCCUCGUCAACCGCAUCCAGGAUCACAUCCAGAGUAAGAUCGUCUACUACCUGAUGAACAUCCACGUGCAGCCCAGAACCAUCUACCUGUGCCGGCACGGCGAGAGCACCGACAACCUGGAGGGGCGGCUGGGAGGUGACGCAGGACUCUCCCCGAGGGGCAAACAGUUUUCGACUGCUCUGGCUCGGUUUGUGGAGGAGCAGCAGCUGAAGGAUCUGAAAGUCUGGAGCAGUCAGCUGUGUCGCAGCAUCCAGACUGCAGAGCACCUGGGAGUCCCGUAUGAACAGUGGAAGGCUCUCAACGAGAUAGACGCUGGAGUGUGUGAGGAGAUGACGUACGAUGAAGUGAAGGAGAAAUUCCCAGAUGAGUUUGCUCUGAGGGAUGAAGAUAAAUUCUACUAUCGCUACCCUGCUGGAGAGUCCUACCAGGACCUGGUGCAGCGGGUGGAGCCGGUCAUCAUGGACCUCGAGAGGCAAGAGAACGUCCUGGUUAUCUGCCACCAGGCCGUCAUGCGCUGCUUGCUGGCCUACUUCCUGGAUAAGAGUGCUGAUGAGAUGCCCUACCUGAAGUGUCCCCUCCACACAGUGCUGAAGCUCACCCCUGUGGCCUAUGGGUGCAAAGUGGAGUCAAUCUCUCUGAAUGUGGAGGCGGUGAACACCCACAAGGACAGACCCGAGGAGGUGAAGAGGGGCCCUAGCAUCUUGAUCAGGAGGAACAGCGUGACUCCUCUGACCAGCCCUGAGUCAAACAUCAAGAAGCCUCGCAUCGAUGACCUAGAUGAAGCUCCGAUUCAGGAUCUGCCUCCAACUGUUGCCUCACUGGCCCUCUGCAGCCCCUCACACCUCCCUCUCUCCCUGGCUGGACAGAACCUGAGGAGAAACUCAUCUCGUCAUGAAAUCCUGCAGGCCUGCCAGUGAACUUACUUGACAACUUUUCACCCGACGACGGACUCACUGAAGAUAAUAAUCGCAUUGUGUUGUCAAUGAAGGACACAACUAACCUUUAAUUGUUCAAAAAGGACCAUGGUGAUUGAAUGUCCUUUCACAUAUGUGUCAUUUUCAUAGUGUGGGACUCUUAAAUACUCCCUUCAUUGCCACUGUCAAACAUUUUUUUACUCUUUGAGACUGCUUAAUCUGUCAUUCCUGUUGUCUUUGUUAUGACUGAAAGAGGUAAACUGUGACUCAUUUAGAUCAAGGGCCAUCUCACCGCUCCGAUGGCUCUCUGACAAACCAGUCAGAUCUGGUUUAUUAUUCAAAGAGACCAAAGACCAACCCUGAUUCUUAGGUUACACGUUCAGCGCAUAUCUUUUUUCAGCCUAAUCAUUUUGAAAAAGACUUAGGCACUCCUUUUUUUUGUUAACCUUUUGGCACUUCUUUGGAAGCACUGGGGCGUCAUUAUGUAAUUCACUUCCUUUUUUAUGCCACAAAAUAGCGAUUUUUGUUUUGCACAGUCGGGGACACCAUUUUUACUUUUGAUCGUUUUUUUGUGUGUCACUUUGUGUUUUCUAUGUAAUGUAACUUCACAGUAAUGGAGGAGACUACUUAUGCCGUAGAGUGCCUGUAGAGCUUGUUUUGCAAGCCUAAAUGCUGCUUCUCUUUGCUCUUCCUCUGGGAGUAGAGGCAUCACAUUUCACCUAAUAACUCCACAUAUCAUUUAAAUCCUUAACUUUCACAGUAUGAAGAGGAUUUUUUUUAAAUGUAGUUUCAUGUCAACAGAACAUGCUAAUCAUUUAACAAUAGUUCCCUCCACUGAUGGGAAACUUCAUUUUCAAUGUUUCAAAUUUUCCUUUUGCUGUCUAUGUCUGAAACGCACAAAUGUAAGCACCUAUAUUUUUGUGAAAACAAUGCGUGCUGUUAAUAAUAUCUUUGUAAAUGUUAGUGUACAUACAGAAUAACUGGAAAUGGAUGGAUGAUGGCAUGGGACUCUCUCGGGAGUCUUUGAAUGAUGGUGUGUUUUUGUACUUGUGUCAGGACUGAAUGUGAAGCACGAAUUGAUGAGAAAGACGCUACUGCUUACCUUUCUCAGUAAAACUUUUGUUAACAUGUUUGCUUGAGAUACUUGAAUGUUUUUUUGUAAACUGUUUUAUUAUAUUCUUAAUUUAUUUGUAUUUAGUUUGGGAUGACUGCUUGGAGCGAAGGCCCCUUGUUUUAACCUGAGGACUAUGCAUGAGAGUAUGUUGAAGAGUUGAUUUUGCAUCCGCUGGACCAAUAAAUGAACUCCUGGAAAAAUAUA